GGGUAACCUACCCGAAGAAGAGCAGAGCACUGCGGCUUCUUCUCGGCCGUCAGUCGGGAGGACGAACCGACCUGCGCGGCUCACCUGGAGAGAUAAUGACCUGAACACACACCUGAGUGUGAGACGCCACAUGUGAGGAAGUGAAGGGUGAAAUAAACAGAUCAGGCCAACCACACAAAUCCACAACUUUCCUUCUCCCUCUUUGGACAGCAACAGGAAGCUAGGAAGAUAUUUUCUGGUGUGUGUGUGUGUGUGUGUGAGCAGGAUGGGAGCUGUGUCAGAGAGUGUGUGAGAGCCAUGGCGUCCACGCUGUCCCAGCUGAAGUUGGGCUGGCCGCACGGCCUCCGUGCUAAGCUGCUGCGGCGCUACGAGCACAAGCCGUUAGUGUCGUGUCUGGUCGGUCUGUACGGCUGCAGGUGGAGACGGUACGAGAGGAGCUUCACUCAGCCGGGAGAGUGCUGCUGCAACAAGGUCGAAGGUGUCAGCUUUGUUCUGCUCCUGGUGGCUUUCUGCUUAACGCUGGUGUUUCUCUACUUCUGGGGACAAGCGAAGAACGACUACAACGACUUUGACUGGUUUAACUUUGGGAUCCUGGGCUUCUGGUUUCCUUGGUCUGUGGUGCUGCUGGUCAUCGCUGCAGGCUUCUUCACCUACAUCACUGUACUCACGCUGCUGGCUGUGUGUUUGCUGUCAGAAGGCCAGAAGCUUUAUUUACACUGGAGUCACAAGAUCGGGAUCCUGGUGAGUCUGACUUUCUCCAUCGUAGCCACGGCGGUCCUGUCUGACCUCUGGAGCAAAGAGUGGAAGACGUUACUGCUCUCCUUCCAGAUAACCGCACCUUAUUUACAUGUGGGCGGAGUCUUACUGAUGACAGCGCUGGCCUGGACGAUUGCUUUGCAUUUCUUUCGCAUGAGCAGCAGAGUGAGGCAGGGUCUGAUCUUGGGUUUCUACCUGAGCAUCCUGUCCGCUCUCUACCUGGUGCCCCUCGGUCUGUAUUCUCCUUGUAUCAAAGAGGACGGGACUCUGGGACCUGCACCCGCCCUCCUCGGCCACAGAGGAGCACCCAUGCUCGCUCCAGAAAACACACUGAUGUCGUUUGAGAAAGCUGUGGAGGCAGGAAGUGAAGGUCUGGAGACGGACGUCACCAUCAGCUUUGACGGGGUCCCCUUCCUGAUGCACGAUCAGACUCUGAAAAGAACCACCAACAUCCACGAGGUCUUUCCAAACCGGACUGACCAGCCGGCCGCCAUGUUCACCUGGUCUGAACUGGAGAGCCUGAACGCCGGCGCCUGGUUCCUCUCUCACGAUCCGUUCGGUACAGUCGGCUCUCUGGGAGCAGACGACAGACUGCGUGCGGAGAAGCAGCCCGUCUGCAGCCUGCGCGACUUCCUCCAGCUGGCCGCGCGGAAAGACAAGCUGGUGAUCUUCGACCUCUACCGUCCUCCCAGAGGUCACCCGUACAGAGACACCUGGAUCCAACGGACGCUGGAGGUCAUCCAGAACGAGUCGUCCAUCCUCUCCUCGCAGGUGCUGUGGCUGCCCUCAGACCUGCGCGCUCUGGUCCAGGAGAUGGAUCCUGAGCUCCAGCAGACGUCUGGCAGCCGGCUCCCUCUAGAGGAGCUGCAGAGUAACAACAUCAUGAAACUCAAUCUGCACUACAGCGCCAUGUCUGCUCAGCUCGUCAGAGAGUACGCUGCAGUGAACAUCAGCACCAACCUGUAUGUGAUCAGUCAGCCGUGGCUCUUCUCUCUGGCCUGGUGCUCUGGAGUCCAGUCUGUCACCACCAACGCUCCUCAGAUCCUCACAUCCAUGAGGUCACCACUGCUCGUCAUGAGUCCAGAUGAGUAUAACCUGAUGUGGAUUCUCACUGAUGUGGCGUCCCUCGUGUUGAUCCUCGUCAUCUUCUUCUUUCACUGGUGGAGAGAGCGAGGUCUGGCGUUCUGCACGGGCGGCAAAAUCACACCGGACAACGGGACGUACAGCAAAUUCAAAACGGAGUUGAGCGAUAUCUGGUCGGUUUCCAGCACUCACUCUCAGGCAGAGAGGACGCCCAACCUGGCGACCGUGUCCGAGCACUGACGUCUGCCGAGCUGAAAACACACAGAGCCUGAAACUGCCAAACCUGUAAGAUCUCAGCAGAGUACUUUGUCAAGUGCACUUUGUUUUAAUUAAAGUGAUGCAAACAAU